CGCCCGGCUCCGGGAGGGGCGGGCCCGGCAGGUGUGCGGCUCUGGCUCCCGGAUGCGGGUGGGGCCGGAGACACCUGAGCUGCCGGGACCCGUUUUCAUUCAGGCCCCGGGACCGAGAGUGUGUUUUGUUCCGUCCCACGAUUCGACUCCUCCGAGGUUCCAGAUCGGUGCGGCCCUGCGAGCCGGGUUCUAGACACUGCAGGGAUCGAGCUCGGGGGUCUAGACUCCACUGACCUCUGGAGCGGCCACGUCUGGGGAUACAGGACGAACAAUCCAGGUCUAGAGCAGGCGGGUUCCUGAUCCCACCACGUUCUAGACUCCACCAGGUUCCAGAUCAGGCCCCAGGGAACCUGCGCGUUGCUAGAGGAACAGAAAAGCUCCAACCCCCCACGUGACUGAGCAGUGACGGAUCUGGACCGUGCUGGCUUCUAGAGCCUGCAACCAGCCUUUGGCCUGUUACACCGUGAGGUGGAGUCAUCAGAUGGGAGAACUGGGUUCUAGAUUGUCCCAGGUUUCUGGCACCCAGUUCUAGAUCCUUGUGGGGGUCUAGCCUGGCCACGCGGGUGCUGAAUUCCACGUGUGUCUAGAGCCGGGUGGUCUAGGCUGGAGAGGAGACCCAGGCACAGGCCAAUCUAGAGUCACAUUCUCGUUGCUCCACGGCAGCUGGAGGGACCAGACAUAGGGCUCUGGAUUCAGCACUGGAGGGACCAGCUCAGCGGAUCCAGAGCCUCACAAUGAUCUAGAGCAGACACAGCUCUAGACGCCCUCAGGUUCCCGAGCUGACACCUGCCAAGCUGACGAGUGUGGACUCCGGAAACUCCAGCAAGACCCACUCGGUUCUGGAGCCUUCGCAUCCCCGGGAGCUGGUUCCAGGUCCUGCCUUGCUCUAGAGCAGUUGGGCCAGCGAGCUGUGGGUCUAGAACGCAGGGGUAGGGCUCCAGAAAGGGCCAGCCCAACACAGGGAGCCCCAGAGCCCCUCGGAGGUUCUAGAUCAGGUUCUAGAUCCCCAUGGAGGAGCAGAGCGACGCCUGCCGGCUGUGCGGCUCCCAGCUGCAGGGCAGCCAGCGCCGGUGGCUCUUCCACCGGGGCCCCCAGCGCCCCGACCUGCGGGUUCUGCUGGCCCACGUGUGCCGGGAGGCGCCGCGCCGGGGGGACGGACGGGGCGAGUUCCUCUGUGGGAAAUGCGCCCAGGCGCUGGGGCGGGUUUUCCGCUUCGACACGGUGAUCGCCCGGGUGCAGGCGCUGUCCCUCGAGCGGCUCCGGCGCCUCCUGGAGGAGAAGGAGCGUCUGGCCCGCUGCCUCCGGCACCUCCACGCCCGCCGCAGCCCCACGGGCAGCCUGCCCCUGAGCCCGGCGGGCGCCCCCCAGCGGCCGGCCGGGCCGUACCAGCGGCUGCUGCAGGAGGACCUGGCGCUGGCCGGGUUCGAGUGCUGGGCGGAGCCGGGCGCCCGCGGGAGCCCCUGCCAGAACCGCUGGUGCCCCGGCUGCCACGGGCUGCGGGUGCCCGACGCGGAUUACGAGUGGGUGUGCGGGACGCCGCGGCAGCUCGGCGCCAGGUCCCCGGCGCUGCCCCUCUGCCGGGACAAGUCCCAGAGCCUGCCCCUGGUGCUGCGCGCCGGCCUGGGGGGCAGCGGGGGGCCCGGCGGGUCCCUGUGCUCCCUGCGCUCCUGCUCCCUCCUGUCCCUGGCUGAGCCGGAGCCGCUGGGGGAGGCGCUGCGGGCGCUCAGGGGCAUCGGCCGGCGGGCGCUGAGGGUGCCCCGCGGCAGCAGGAUCCCGGUGCUGGCGGGGAGGGCAGCCCCCUCGGCACCCCCCCGGGAGCUGGAGGAGGAGGAGGAGGAGGAAGAGGAAGAAGAGGAAAUUGAGGAUGAAUUCGUACCACUAGGGGUGCAGGCUCUGGGGGGGCGCCGGCUCCGGCGCCGGGAGCUGACGGGGGCUGUCGAGGGGCUGACGGGGAGGCUGGCGGCCGCGGAGGAGGAGCUGAGGAGCCAUCGGGGGAACACGGGGGGCUGGGCCCCUGAGGACGCCGGGGUCCCCUCUACGCCGGGGGAGGGGCCGAGCCGGGAGGGGCUCCUGGGGGUGCUGGCCCAGUGUCUGCACAGCAAGGAGGCGGCGCUGCAGGACUGCCUGGCCGCCCUGGAGAGCCUGGCCCCGCCGGGGGCUGAGCCGCCCGCCCCCCAGAGCCUGGCCCCGCCGGGGGCCGAGCCGCCCGCCCCCCAGAGCCUGGCCCCACACCUCUGCGGGCGGCUGAAGGAGCGAGACCAGGAGCUGGAGCGCCUCCUCGCCGAUCACCUCUUGGAGCGGGAGCGGGAGCGGGGCCGCCUGCAGGGGGCGCUGCGGGACAAGGACCACGACCUGGGGCGGCUGGCGGCCGCGCUGCGCACCGGGGAGCAGACCCUGCACGCGCUGCGUGAGACGCUGGAGCAGAAGGAGCUGGAGCGGGCACAGCUGGCAUCGCUCUGCGCCAUGGCCCAGGACGCCUGGCGCCGGCAGGACCAGACCCGGGCGCUGGCGCGGAAGGAGAUGGAGGAGCUGGUCGCCGCCCUGCAGGCCGCCCUGGCCAGCAGCACCAAGGACCUGGCGGUGCUGGCCGAGGCGCUGGCGGCCCCGGCCCCGGCCCCGGUGCUGCUGCAGCGGCUGCAGGAGCAGGAGGGGCUCCUGGCCGAGGCGCUGGCCGCGCGGGCCCGGCUGGCUGCGGAGAUGGAAGCCCGGCUGCAGGGGGCGCUGGCGGCGCAGGCGGCCGCAGAGCAGCAGCUGCAGGAUCAGCUGCGCGGCUGCACCCGGGCGCUGGCCGAGCGGGCGCGGGAGGCGGGGGCCCUGCGGGGGCGCCUGGCCCGCCAGCAGGGGGCGCUGGCCGAGGGAGCCGCCGCCCUGGCGCGGUGCCGGGCGGAGCUGGCCCGACUGCGGGGGCUGCUGGAGGAGCGGGACCAGGCGCUGGCGGAGGCUGCCCGGGAGGCGGAGGAGAAGGACCGGGGGCUGCAGAAGCUGCAGAGGUGCUGGCUGCAGCGCGGGGCCGGGGGCAUGAAGCAGACGCUGUGAGCAGAGGAGGAUCUGGGGUCUGGCGUGUGGGGCCGGCUCUGCCCCCACCCUAAGCUGGGACCGACGUGGGCGCUGCGGGGGGAUCCCGGCUCCGCCAGCCCCGGCCGUGCCCAGCAGGGGGAGCCUGACUGGGCUGGGGGCCGGGGGGGCACUCCCCGGCUCGGGGCGGUUUCUGGCCCGCGUGGCCGGCUGGCUGCGUUUCUUCGGGGUUCCCAGCAGGGGGCGCUCCCCGGGCCGGCAGGGAUGCUCCCACCACUAUGCGGUGCUGCCCUGCCCCAGCCCGCUUUGGAUUAAUUAACGAACCGGCCCCAUCAAUCAAUAAAUC